CUCAUGCGCAUGCUUUCCAGGCCAGUCGCUCUGAGGUACUGGAAGCUACCUAUGCACGGACAUCUUAGCGUGCUGCCGGAAGUUUUUGGAUGGACACUAGCAUUGGAAGGGCAUCAAAAGAGAAGAUCAACGGAGAGCACGCCCAGAUUCUAAGGUACCUUGGCUAGCCAUCGCAACCGCUCGCCAUGGCCGACAAGCGCAACCAAUUCCUCGACGCCGGCGACAGCGACGAUGACGCGGGCCACAACUAUGAUUCCGAAGACGGUUUCCAGAAGGGCGGCCGCAGUGCAAAGCGGAGGAAGGUAGACGACGACAAGAGCGACCCUGAAGAUCAUAGCGACCAGGAAGACGACCAUAGCGACGAAGGCGGCGCGAACCUGGGAGAACCCUUCACGGAACUUGCAGGCGCUGGCAACGAGCGAGCGACAAAGGACCGGCCCAAAGGCGACAAAUCGGGGCCAACAGCAGAACUCCCUGGCGUAUCAAAGCCCCUCACCAAAAAGAACCUCGUCGCAACCGAAGCUGCCAUCAAAAAGUCUGGCGUGGUUUACCUGUCGAGAAUUCCGCCUUUUAUGAAGCCCGCAAAACUACGCUCGCUGCUUGAACCCUACGGCAAGAUCAACAGGAUCUUUCUUACUCCCGAGGACCCCGCCGAGCACGCCCGCCGCGUGCGCAGUGGGGGCAACAAGAAGCGGUCAUUUACCGAGGGCUGGGUUGAGUUUGUGAAGAAGAAGGAUGCGAAAAAAGCCGUCGAGCUGUUGAACGCCCAGAUCAUUGGCGGGAAGAAAUCGAGCUGGUACCAUGACGACGUCUGGGCCAUGAAGUAUCUGAAAGGCUUCAAGUGGUGGGUUUAUACAUCAGCAACCCCUCAUGAUCUUGGCUGGGUAAAAGACUAAUAUUGACGCAAGGCACCACCUUACUGAGCAAAUCACGGCCGAGAAUGCAGAACGGGCCAGCAGGAUGCGCGCCGAAAUUGCCAGGACCACCAGGGAAAACAA